AUGCCCAAUAUCACCUUUCAACACAAGGAAAGACUGAUUCUGACCGCCAAUCCGACUAGUCAUGAGAAAGCCACUCGAGACGCGAAAACCCUUUUCUGUUUGGAGCAAGAAGCAGAAAUCAUGUUCUACAUUGAAAUCGCUCAGGUUGGACGAGCUGAACUCGCACCGUCAUCUUGGAGAUCACUACGAUGUGGAUCAUUAAUCUCUGUGGUCGCCAAGAAACGUCAAGUGGCGGAAAUUCAUCAGGUGUCCAAAAUUCAUCCAGUGGUCCAAAGGCCCUUCCAAACACAAGUCGAACCACCUCAAGAACCGUUAGAACCACCUCAGGAACCGUUAGAACGACCUCAAGUAGAACCACUUCAAGUCAAACCACCUCAAUCGCUUAGUGCCGACCAACCACACAGUUCAAGAUUGCCCCCCAGUCGCUCGGCCGAAACUCGACGGUCGGAAAUCAUCAAUAAAGUUGCUUUGACGAGAGGCCCUAAGCCAGGUCCAAAGAUAGACUGUCUCAGGUGCCUUCAGAAAUCGCUUGAGCUGUGCGAGUGUCUCAAAAAUAUAUCUAUGGAAAUGCCAGUUUUGGUGAAGUCUUUACAACCUUCAGAACCUUUGUCGGUCAGCGUAACUCGAAAGAUAAGCCGACCCGUUGUAGGAAGAUUUCACUCGGAAAAUUCUCCAAAGCCCGGAGGCCUUAGUCGCCAUGAGGGAACUGCAGACCCUUGGGACUGUCCAAGAUUUUGUGAUUUUGAGACGGAAAUGCGCGAAAAAAAAAAAUUGAUCACCAUAGACGAGGUAGCUCCAAAUUUUACAGUGGUCAAUGAAUCGCCAACAACAACAAUUGUAGUCCAACUUGAACAGAUGUGCAGGCUCAAAAGCCAUCGGCAGCUGCCAACCGCGAUAAGACUUGGAACGGAGCAACGUUUCCAAGUAGUGUUUGGAAAGGUUUCGAGCUGGACAUCGGAGCCUCCAGAGCGGAUCGGACUAUCACUUAUCCUCUCAGACCGAAUCCCCGACUUGUCCGGGGGGUUGGGUUACGAAGCAGGACCCUCGGUCAUUGCCAUCGCCAUCUCGCCAGCCGCCCCCACAGCCGGCCACAGUCUAUCCCUGCCAUCAUACACUACAUCCAGGACCAAGCUAGCGAACAAUCCGAGUCUCGCCAUGUCGAACCCCGCCUCAGCGGCCAUCUUGGUCGCUGGAAUGCUCAUCACUGGUUGUUCCAAUAGCCUGUGGUCUAAAUUUCAAGAUCAGCAGUGUGUAGAGAACUGUACGAACCCAGACCCAACGACCCACCGAAAUUUCGAGCAACCGGUAUGGCAAACCUUGAACAUGUUUGUCGGAGAAGCGUGUUGUAUGAUAGCCUACUAUCUGAUCCAAUGGAUGUCGAGGCCGGCGAGAGGCAGCAAAGAGCUAGGCUACACGCCCAUUCCGCGCGACUCGAUGGACGGACGUUUACAAGAGGAGGAGGAGCAGGAAUCCACCCUAGGCGACACUCUCACCCCCGACCAACCUGUCUCGGUAUCCGACUCCCUCCUCCAGCCUGCCCAUCUCAAAUCUCGAGUCUGUCCUGCUCCCGCCCCCCUCGCCCUCCACGGCCCCUCUCCCGCUCCCCUCACUAGCUCUCUCGAACCCGAACUCCUCGUCAAUCAACACGAACCUUCUGUCCUUCAGUUAGUCGGCCUCCAGAAAUUGGUCUUCUGGCUGCCCGCCUUGUUCGAUAUUUGCGGAACAACUCUCAUGAACGCGGGUCUCCUGUUCGUCCCAGUCUCAGUCUUCCAAAUGAUCAGAGGCGCACUGCCGAUAUGGGUCGGGCUGUUCUCGAUCAUCUUCCUCAACCGACACCUGUCUCGAGAGAAGUGGAUCAGCCUGACCAUCAUCACCUCCGGCGUCGCCCUCGUCGGCUACGCUGGAUCAUUGCAGCCUCAACCACUCCCACCUUCUCAGGAAACCGAAAAUGUAUUGCGCUCAAUCUACGUCACGGACUCUUCGCAGCCCGGUGCUAAGGUCGUCCUGGGCCUGUUUUUAAUUUUCUUUGCACAACUCUUUACGGCAUCUCAGUUUGUGAUUGAAGAGAAGAUCAUGAGCAAGUAUGAAGUUCCGCCAUUGGAAGCUGUCGGACUGGAGGGAGUCUUUGGGCUGAUAACGGCGAUGGUUGGGAUCCCGUUUCUGCACAUUUUCAUCGGCUCGCGUCCGGAGGGACGAGGAGGGUACUUUGAUGCGCGCACGGGGUUAGAGGAAGUAUUGAACAACCAGAGCAUUAUGUGGUCGUCAGUAGCGAUUGCAAUCAGUAUCGCCCUCUUCAAUUUCUGUGGACUUGCGGUCACCAAGUCCAUCUCCGCUACCGCCCGCUCGGUCAUCGAUACCUGUCGCUCAGUUGGCAUCUGGGCCUUCUCUCUUGCUAUUGGCUGGGAAUCCUUCAGCUUCCUCCAGUUGGUCGGAUUCAUCAUCCUCGUCAUCGGAACCUUCUUCUUUAACCAAAUCCUCAUCUAUCCCGCUUGGUUCAAACGUCUCAUCGGCUCCGCUACUUCUGAGCCGCUUAGAAUCGAUUGA